AUGUCGCUCUCAUCUAUCCUUUCCGCUGAUGCCAUCGAAAGCGCUGUCAAGGACUGCCAAGCACCUGAUUCCUUCUGUCAUAAGAAGUUCUUCCAAAUGUGUGGUCUGACAAAGAAAAGUCCCCAGGAAGUAAAGGACAUUUUCCGCAUCCUUGACAACGAUGGCAGUGGCUUCAUUGAGGAGGAGGAGCUCAAGUUCUUCCUCCAGCGGUUCUCUCCAGGAGCCCGGGUGCUGACCGAUAAAGAAACCAAGGCCUUCCUGUCUGCAGCUGAUGACGACAACGAUGGCAAGAUUGGUGUAGAUGAGUUCAAGGCCAUGGUGUUGUCCUAA